UUUUGACAAAUUUUUUUUUCUCGGAUUUUCUUUGCAAAUAUCAUAAAGAUGGCCUCCAAAUUUAAAUGCUGUGAUUCUGAGAUAGUUAUUUAUCUUCAAGCGUGUAAGUAUAUAUUAGAUUGUUUGUAAUUAAAGACCAUAAUAAUAAUAAUACCAUAGUUCCAUGGUCAAUGGUCCAAAGCAGCCAUAGCAGCAGCCAUAAUUAAUCAAAGUAAAUAAUAAGUAGUUAUUGAAUUUGAUUGGUUAUGUUAUAAAUAACUUGAUGACUUAAAUAAAUUAGCCAUGCCAAAACAUCCAGACCAGGCUCAGCUCAUUAUCACUAUCAUUAUGUUCAUGUCUGCAGUGUAGAGGGUCUGCAAACAACGAUCUGUGAAAUCUGUUUAAUCAUCAGGUCCUGAUUCAGGUGGCUCAGAUGUGAGAAAGUUGUCCUGAUUGUAAUUCAAGUUAUUGUUUUGAUAAUGUGCUGAGAUCUUCUUGAAUGAAAAGAAACACUCUUAAUUAUAAUUUUUACUUGCAAAUAGCUAAUGGUUGUUUUGGAUAUAAGCUUUUUUGUAAUUUUGGAAAAGCACUUAAUGAUUGAAUCUCAUAUGGGAAGCAUUAUCAUAAUUUUAUCAGCACAGCUCUGCGGGCGAAUAAUGCUGAGAGUUACCAGCAGACAGAAAUUUUCAAAUAAUGCAGAGCGUUAUCGACAGACAGAAAUUUUAGAAAAUGCAGGCUGUUAUUUAUGAUUAUAGUUAUAGGCAGACAGAAAUUGUAUAGACUUAAUUAGGAUCAUUAUUCAUAUUCCAAGCUGACAGUCAUUUGAUUAUUUGUUAUGUCUUGUACUAUUGUUGCACUAUUGUUGCACUGCAUCAUGGGUACUUUUUCUCAGUUGGGCUUAUUCAGAUUUUAAAUCUUUUCAUGAUUACUUGUGUUAGGUUGCAUUUUGAAACAUAAUUCUGAAAGCUAUAAGGAAACUGUGUAUGUCCUUACUUAAUUUUGUAGCAUAAUGUAUUUUUUUUUUAAUAAUGGUGAUUUUUACCCCUAUUAGCAACAACCAUGGCUGCUUUGUUAAGUAGAAUGCCUGCCAGUGGCACAAAGUCCUUAUUGUGACUUGUACUCAAAGUAGUACUGAUGUAAUUCUAUUAUUUCUUUAUUUUUAAAAAAACAACAACUAUUGUUUCCCAUUACAUUUCUAAUGAGAAGUGUAUACUUUUCUUAUUUCAUCUUUGAAAAUAACGUAUUUUAUCUGCAAUAUUUUACAGACUUUGUCACUAUUGCCACCAUAUUGGGAACUGGAAUUUUAGGUAAAUGACCUCUGACACUUAAAUCUACAUAAGUAGCAUCCCAAAAUAUUUUUCUUACACUUUGGUAAUAUUAUAAUGGAAAUAUUUUUUCACUUCUAAACCAAUUAAUCAGUAAUUCUAUCAAAAGCUCUCAUGAUAUCAAUGUUUUAUUUUGAUCAGAUUUAACUAAAGCACUCCAAUUAUCAGAAAGGAAAUAGUCAUGAAAUUAAAUAUUUUAUAAGUAUCGAACAAAGUAAUUUUUUUUCUAAUGAUUGUAUGCCAAAAUAUGUUUGAUAACUUAAUUUUUUUAUGCUUUCUUUCCACCAGGGUUGCCAGUGACUCUCACGCAUUCAGGAUUCUACCCAUUUCUUAUCAGCUUUAUUAUAGAUGCCUUUGCACAGGUAAGUGAAAUAUUACAAUAUAAAAAAAUGAGGGCAACGAAAAAAUUAAUAUGUUUAUUUGAAUACAGACCCUCUUUUAAGGUAGAAAAUAAAACUUAAGAGGAUUUUUGCGAAGCAUCUCCCUGUGUGUAAAAAAUCUAAAAUAUAUAUAAAGUACUUCUCAGAUACUGCUGAUCACAUUAAUUAAAAAAUAAACUUUUUGGAAUAGAAUUAACAUUUAGCCUGUUUGAAUUAAUUCUUCAAUCUUCAAUUGAUAUGUCUUGACUUCUGAAAAUUAAACACACACCUUUCACUGACUGAACUGAUCAGACUUGGAGAGAAAUCCAGAUUAAUGUUAAUUCCAGUCAUUUGUUUUCAUGAUUUUUGCAUAACUUUAUGAACAUUUGGCUUUUGGAAAAAAAUCUGCAGCUUAAAUAAAUUGUUUUUGUUUUUUCUCUUCCCAAUAUAUUUUACUGACAGUCCCUGCUGAUUCAUUUUUUCAUGGAGCUGCUGCAACUGUCUGUGGCCUCACAGUACCAUGGCAAAGGGGUCAGCCAGAUUUUUUAUCACCACUAG